UAUCAGGAAUUGUCCAGAGCAGGAGAGGUUUGCUUUGGGGAUUUGCUCUUACUCUGAACAGAUAUUGACAUGGAUAGAGGAGGCAGGAGAAAGCGCUGUUUCUGACUGGAAAGAUUACAUGACUUUCUCCAGGGCAUACAGCAACUGAUAAAUAACUAUAUUCCAUGAUAAAAUGUGUAAACAUCCAGAACUGGCAGAACGUUAUCCCUGGAGUGUAGAGUGUUGUGCCAAGGCAGAGCCAGAGAGGGAGAAGUGUUUCCAUGAUCAUAGAGAUAUUGAAGCAGAGCAAUAUCAGGUGCCAGAUUUUGACGUUGCAUGUAAGGAACAUAAAGAAAACCAUGACCAUGCUUUUAACCAAUACAUUGAUAAAAUUUCGAAGAGACACUCAAGUAUCUUCCCCCCGACAAUAGUGGCACGUGCUAGACAAUAUGACACUGUUGUCACUGAAUGCUGUGAAGCGGAAGAUAAGCCUACAUGCUUCAGAGCUAGGUUUGCUGAAGUUGUAAAAACUACAUAUUACAUUGAGCAAAAGCAGAAACACAUUUGCCAUAUUGCUUCAAAAUUCCCAGAAAGAGUCCCUCAGGCCAUAAAUAUAGCUUUUAUCUCCCAGAAACAUCCUGCCGCUAGUUUUGAUCUUGUGCAUAAAUUCACCACUGAAGCUGUGCAUAUGAUGAAGGACUGCUGUAAAGGAGAUGUGGUGGAAUGUAUGGUUGAGGGGCUGGAAUACACCCAACAUAUUUGUGACGAUCAGGAAAAGUUUUUUUCACCAAACUUGAAAGUUUGUUGUGAAAAGCCUCUACUCGAGCGCACACCUUGCAUCAUGGCCUUACCUAAAGAUGACAUCCCAGCAGAUCUGCCUAAAGAGCUGCCGAAAGAAUUUGUAGAGGAUGAACAUGUGUGCGACCAGUUUAAAGAUCAUAAAGAUGUACACUUAGCCAAAUUUCUUCAUGAAUUUGCAAAAAGGCAUGCAGAAUUGUCUCUUCAAGCCCUUCUAAGAGUUGGUAAAGGCUAUGAGGGCCUGCUUACAAAGUGCUGUGCAACUGAAAAUCCUGUGGAGUGCUACAAGGCUGCGCCUCAACUGCUUGCAGCUGGAAUCAAAGAAAGCCAAGAUCUACAAAAACAACACUGUGAUGCUUACGAGCAUCUUGGACCUUAUGGUUUUAACAUUCAGUUGCUAGGUGCCUACGUACCAAAAAUGAGACAGGUGUCAGAUGCGACUCUUCUUGAAGUUACUGAUAAAAUGACAAAAUUUGCUGGCAAGUGUUGUGCCCUUCCCCAGAACCAGAGACUGUCUUGUGCUGAAGAAAAGCUGGAUUUACUGUUAGGACAAAUGUGUGAAAGACAAGCUACUACAUUCAUAAAUGACCAGGUUCGUCACUGUUGUGAUGACUCUUAUGCGGACAGAAGACCAUGCUUCACAAAACUUGGGGUUGACCCAUCUUACCAACCACCAGCAUUUGAUGAAAGUGCCUUUAAAGUUGGUGCCGAUAUCUGUGAAGGUUCAGAACAGGAACAGAAAAAUAAAAGACUUACAUUACUUAUUCAUGUCUUGAAGCUAAAGCCUGACAUCUCAAAAGAGAAAAUGAAGGAGACUGUAGAGGAAUUCACAAAAGCAAGAGAGAAAUGCUGUGCAGCACCAGAUCAUCAACUUUGCUUCGAAACAGAGAGACCAACUUUUCUUCUGCAUUUGAAGGAACUGUUAGGACACUAACAUAUAAAAGACUGCAGUCCAGAAAAAAUGACAUCCAAACAUUAAUACAAGACUCACAUACAACGUACAACGUAGUCAAGGUUAUUUUAAUACAUGAAAUAAAGCUCUUGUAAAUAAAGGCUGUCUCUUGUUUACUCUCUUUGGGUAUUAUAAAAAAAAAUGGUAUGUAUGGCUAUAAAGAUAAAUAAAGAAGAUACAUGGAGAUUAUAUAAAACACCCAUUGAACACCAUUCUCAACACUCCAAUCAUUUUAUUCUUGUAUGGAAUUUACUUGUACAUAAAUCUGUCUAAAAGACCAACCUAGAACAUGAGGUAAAAUGAGCGAUGAAGGGGUAACAUGAAGAAUACAAAAAUCUAUGGAUUUAAAAAAAUGCAACAUGAGAUAUUGGUGACAACUGUAUUAUGUAUGACCACUUAACAGGAAUUAAAGGUUAGAAAAUCACUAUAAUGUAAUUCAUAUAGUGCAACAAUGUAUUUUAACAAUAUUUUCUUCAUUUACCUAAUACAGUUUGUAAAAUCUUAUAAAUACAUUUGUUUAAUGUAGUACAUAAUAUUAUUAUAAGAGAGUAAAUAUGGUGUGAAUGUUUUAGCGAUCAGAUGAGUGAUGAUUUUACUCUGAACAGUACUAUUCCUUUACCAUUAGUAUAAGCAUACAGUUGGGUAAUACGAGUUUAAGCCCCCAACUGGCUAAUUCCCAAAAGUUGAUAGGUACUAAUGAUGUCAGUAGUUGGUUACUGCCAGCUUAAGUAGUAAACUACAUGGGUGACUUCAGUGAUGAGCCACAAUAGUAUUAUACUACUGUACAAUUUUAGGACAGCUAUUUUUUUUCUGGAAUAUCCCUUUAAUUAACUCUGCACAGUUAAUGCCUUAUAGUAGUCAAAUAAUGCCCCCAUUAAAAUGAGUUACUAACUUACUAAUUUCUACAACCACAUACACACAUAAACAGACCUGCAUAUAUACACCAAACAUCCUCAUUCAUAAACACUUAAAUAUACAUGCAUACAUACAGUAUAUAAAUAUAUACACAGAUGAACAAAUACAGAUGUAGCCAGCAUCAUUUUGAUCCUCUGCGUUAAGAUAUUGUACUGCACUUUUGGAGUUGAGAUAAAGUACCCUAACACAUUGCACAAACCUAAUUUUAACAUAACUCCUCAACUACUGGUACCAAGGGUGCUAAAAAAAAUAAUAAAUAGUGAUAAUAAAAUAAUCGGGAGAAUAAUCACUGCUGCAUUAGGCUAUCCCAACACAAUACAUUGCUGUGUUGGGUUAACGGAUUCAAGUUAACCAUGGCUACAUCUGUAUAGUCAACUUUUCCUACUUCCUUGCAUUCCUACUCUUAGGGGUAAGUCUAGAUGCAGUUGUUUUUUUCUGCAGAAAGUAAAGAAAAAUUUUGCAAAUAUGUGGCAAAUGCACAAAAAGAUCUGAGUGUCUUAUAUACAGCUGCAGGUUUGGCAGGUUCACAAUGGAUUUCAGCCUUGGUACAUUGCAGAAUGACAUCUAUAGAGAAACCCUGGAGAAAAAUUUUGCAGCACAUGAAUGAGAUUUAUAAAAUUUUAUCUACUAGCCUGCUACUAUGGGGGCAUUUAUCAUUGUUUUUCUAGCUGUUUUGUAUGUCGAUUUGUCACACAUUUGGCGCAGCACUGCACCUCGGGCUAUUUUUUGCGACUUUUCAGUUUACAUUUUUUUUUUAAAAGUGUGUACAGACCAGGUUACAGGUUAAUUAAUUUAUCAACUGCGACUUUUCGCAAAUUUGGGGCAAAAAACACCCAAAAGUCGCAAAAAUACACCAGCCUAGACUUAGCUUUUUAGUGUAUGUGAAGAGUGAAAUUUCUGAAAAUGCGACCUGCACAAAAUUUAUCAAAUGCCCUGCGACCAUUUGAUAAAUUGAGUGCUCCCUUCAUUACCAACACUCAAAAAAAGUUGAAAAAAAAGCUUCACUUACA